AGUACAAGGUGCUACUCCUAGAUCAGUUUGCAAGUUUAUCCAUCACCAUAGCCUUGUCCAAGCCAUUUGGGUUGGCUACGGAUCUUAUUUUUCCUAUAUUCUUAUCUCAGGUCCCGUCCUCAGUAAGUAAAUGAGUCUUCAUAUCCUACUGCACCACCUUGAUCCAAUCUGUUUAGCAUUCCCCUCAUCCUCCUUUCAGGCCCUUUAUCUCUAAUCAAUGUUCCCCUCUUUAUGAGGUGCAUCUCUUGUUUCCAUAGGAACAUAGCCAGACCAUCUCAGCCAACUCUUCAUCAAUUUAUCUUCUAGUAGGCUGCCUAGCCUGUUUCUGAUGACCUCAUUCUUGAUUCUUUUUUUCCUAUUCUUCCAACACAUCCUUCUCAACAUUCUCAUCUCUGCAACAGCUGUCCUCUGUUCUUGUUGCCUCCAUAUUGCUCAACACUGCCCUAUGUAAGUUUAUUACAUGUGCUAAGGGUUAAUUUUAUUCAACUGAAGAAAUAAAUAUAUAGUUAGUGUAAUAUCAAUAGAAACAAAAUAUCUUGAUCUAAAAUUAGCAGGAAUUUCCAAAUUGGUACAUACUUGGCUGUGAUUAUUGAAAAAGGAAUUAUAUGAUCCUUGACUCGAGGAUAUGUAUGGUAUCCUUGGGCAUUAGUUUGUACAAGCUGGUCUUCUGUUAGUUGAUUCAAACUUUUGAACUGAUGGGCUUACUGUUGAUGGAUCCAAAAGUCUUCAUUAUAGGAUGAUCCUUGUCCAUUGAUUAGUGACGCACACAUAAACGGCUAUGAAAAAUGGCAAUAAUGGUUCAUGGUCAACAGAAAGAAGGCUAACAGAUUGGAUCUCUAGAAUCUUCUGAUCUAGGCUUUCCUGUUUGUUGCCAUUGUCGCUUCUAUGUAUAUCUGCUUUGGAUCUAAAUAUCUAAUAUGUAUUUGUGUUGCAUAUUGAAAAAGUUGAGAUCUCUUCAAUCAUUAUGAAUUGAAGUCACUGUGACUCAUCAUCAUUUGGUUUAUAAAAACCGUCAAAUUCAUCUAUGUAUAGAAGACUUUAAGUUUGGCAUCUUGGGCGCCCCAAGUAGUGUAAUUGUAAGUUUUCUCAUACCAAUGCAAUGAAGUUCUUGUGUCCUCCACAUUCCACUUGGUAAAAUUUACUAUGAAUCUGCAUACACAGGACUUCCUGUCAAAUUCUGCAAAAUUCACUUUAGCAUGACCCAUUGUAGGCAUUUAUCUUCGAUAAUGUGAAGAGUUUUGUGGCUGUAUUUGUAGCCAUUUAUCAUAAUGCUAUCGUGCAUGUACUAGCUCUCUAAACAAAGGUCCUCAUAUAUCGGAUAACACUUGAUGCCUCUUCAAAUAUCCUGUAGGAAUUUGCAGCAUAAUGAGUUUUCCCUUCAGCAUGGGCCAUCUGUUCAAUUCAUUUCAGUGAAUUUUCCAUAUCUAUUCUAUCUUCUGGAGAGGCUGAUCUGGGAUUUCACAUUUGAGUCUGUUUCAUUUAUUGUUCUUUUGUUUAAUAUGAUGAAGUCAAAGGGAGUAAGCAGUGACAACACUGAGAAUACAGUUACCUCAUCAGAGGAUGUGGAGAGGCCUGACAGAACAGCUGCUGUUGAUAGUUCAAGACCAUGGGCAGAUCUGCCUCCUAAGAUGCAUAACAUGCAUCAUCCUCAAAGAGAACAAUUGGAUGAGCCCGCCCAUGAGAAGAGCCUAGGUGCAGGAUACGGAGAUAAUGAAUUUGUUUCUGAUCUUCCACAGCUUUCAGACCUGGGAGCUGGAAAAGCAAAUGACAGGGUUGCAGUGAGAAGACGAGAAAAGCCUUUGUAUGGAACUGGUAGCAGUGAUGCAGAGACAACAGCUGCAGAAAGGAAUGGUUCGGAUAUUUCAAAUGCAUAUGGAAAUUACCAAGCACCCAGACCUUCGCAAGCACUUACUCAGAUGCAUGCACCAAAUAACAUGGCAACAAGAAGCAGCAAAGGGAUGCUGGAGAACUGGAAGAACUCGGAGGAAAAAGAGUAUAUGUGGGAGGAUAUGAACUCCAGAUUGAAAGAUCAUGGGGGGGCUGAAAACUCACAGAAAGAUGGGUGGAAUUAUGAUGGCGUGGAGAAGCCGAUAAGCUUGCAAAGAGGCAAAUGGAUGCCUUAGGAGACUGAACUUCUUGAAACUCAGUGGAACACACUCAAUACUUCUCAAUUGAAGAAGCCUUCUGGAGGUAGAGAUAGAGUUCCAUUGCGAAGAGAUUCUGAAGAUCAACUUGCACAGCUUCACGGCCAACCACGUAAUGGGUCCAGGCUUAUUAGAGAAACUUCCACAGAUUCACUAUCCAGAGAACAUGGAGGACAAACUUCAUAUGGGCAGCAGACAGCAUCUACGUGAUCAUCACUAGAGCCACAUCCUAUGGAUGGUUUGAACCGCACAUGCAUAGGUUCAACAAUUUCAGAUCAAUUCGACAGUACCCCUCCAACUGGUACCAUAUCAAUGAUUGUGAGUUCAUCUUUGUCCAGAACAGUACUUAAGCCACAUAUAAGGCUACCUGUUUCUCCGUCAAGCUUUGGAUCUCUGGCCAAUGUGGUUUCAGGAUCAAGUGGGAAGCUUGGGCAUCAACAGUCAGCCUCUGGGACUAGCACCAUCUGUUCCAUCACACGGACACCAAAAUCCCCACUCACCUUCAUCAUCAGUGCUCCAUAAGCAUCAGCAUUCCCAUAGUUAGAGUGACCACAAUCACACACUAGCGCAGUUGUUACCUCAACCAGGUGAAAUAUCUUCUCAGCCUGCAGGAGAGCCAGGCCAAGUACCACAUAUUAAAGUUGCUCAAGAUUCAACUGCUGCUGUGCCUCAAAAUCAGAUUCAGUCAAGCAUGUUGCGCAAUUUACAGUUGCCCUCUUCACAGCUGCCCUCUAAGCAUUUGCAAAAUCCAUUGCCUUCUUUAGCACUGCUAGAUCAGCUCAGGCAUCAUGUUCCCCUCCCACAGCAGCCACUGCCAGAAGUAUCGCUGCAGCCGAUGCAAUCUCAACCAUCUGGUCAGAACCAGAAGCUAUUACCUCCAACAGCCAUCGUCAGUGCUCCCCAAACAACAGGGAACCUAAGGCCUGGCCAUUCAAAUAGUCCUACAGAUAUCGUGGGACAAUCUAGUGCAGGGAGUUUAUUGUUGGCCCUUAUGAAGAGCGGACUGGUCACCAAUAAUUUUCCGAGCCCGAGUUAUCCGUCAUCAUCAACACUAUCAAUUUUGGAGAGUCAGCCUCCUUUACCAAGUGGACCUCCUCCUGUCCUGCUGACGACAUCUUCCUUGCCUACAGUAACGCCUGCUUCUGUACCAGGCCCAACGUCCCAUGUUGAUAUACCUGCUUCUGCCACACAUCCUCCCAGAGUAGUCCCGCCUCCACUGCCACCUGGCCCACCACCUCCCUCAUCCCAUGUGACAUUGUCUCAGAUAUCAAACUCGACUAGUACUGUCUUGAAUCCCCUCUCUAGUCUUUUGAGCUCAUUAGUUGCAAAAGGAUUGUUAUCAGAACCACCAAAAGAAUCACCAGCUAUCACUGCAUGUCAGAUGCCCAUCGAACUCCAGAAUCAGAGCACAGGGACCACUACCAGUGCCUCCAUGCCUGUUUCUUGUAGUUCACUCAUCCCUAUCUCAUUCUUCUGCAAAGGAAUCUGCUGCAAAAGGCACUACCUUGUCUCAAGCAACAACAGUAGAGACAAAGGACAUGAUAGGCACUAUGUUUAAACCAGAAAUUAUCGGACAAUUGCAUCCAUUAGUGAUUGAUGCCCUAUUUGAUGAGCUUCCACAUCAGUGCAGUAUAUGCAGCCUUCGACUACAAC